CCAAAUGCAAUCAAACCAUCCUUUCUUAUUCCAGCCUGAACCACUCCCUAAAUCAGUCGAUUACAGUAUAACAACAAUAGCUUUCAGGACAGUAGGCUAUAUUGAAUUUCGCUCUGGUGAUCAGUUAUGGGGACGCGGCGUGCACCACGCGCAGAUAGUGUGCACGAGGCUGUCGCUGACCUUGGUGCUGAACAGCCAGAGGUUCUCGCGACGUCAGAAAAGCUGGCUGUCUCCACAUGAGACGCGCAAGCCCAGCUCUGUGGUUUAUAGAAGCAACUCCACACACCGCCAGUUCCCGCUUUUGCUGAUUGUUUUUUUGUUUAAAAUUAUAUGGUUAUCACCGUAGACGCUUCUAACGUUUUUCUCUUUCGUUCGCUUUAGGAAUUAUCUGUAGAUUUUCAUCACGAUGGCAUUGCAUGCACUUGUACGUGAGGCGAACGAUGAGUAUGUAAUGGUGAAUGGGGAAUCAGGGCUCAUCUGAUUUCUCUCAUAUGUAGGCGUUUUACAGCGAUCGACGCGUGAUAGGCUACAGAUCUUGUCUGCUUUUCUUAUCAAAUAAUAAUAUACAUCGCUUGCUUCACGGGUUUGUUCGGUCACAUUGUACCGUAACAUGAAGCUUAAACAAUAGACAUUUUUGAGAAAAACAUUACAUUUGGAUAUGGAGUCCGUCAAGAUGAGAGCCAAAGAGGGGAUAAAGGAAUUUGGGGCGAAGACCCUGGGGCAGAUGUACAAGGUGAUGGAGAAGCGACAGGGAACUGGUGAAGUUAUCGAACUAACAGAGGACGGCAGGCCCUCUGAGGCCCAGGAGAAGAAAGCACCUCUGUGCGACUGCACGUGUUUUGGGCUGCCCCGCCGAUAUAUCAUCGCCAUCAUGAGCGGUCUAGGCUUCUGUAUAUCCUUCGGCAUCCGAUGCAAUCUGGGCGUGGCCAUCGUGGGAAUGGUCAACAACAGCACUAUUCACAAAGAUGGGAAGAUCAUCAUCACAGAGAAAGCGAAGUUCAACUGGGACCCAGAGACAGUCGGUAUGAUCCAUGGUUCGUUUUUCUGGGGCUAUAUAGUGACGCAGAUCCCGGGAGGGUACAUAUGCUCGAGACUGGCAGCUAACAGGGUUUUCGGUCUAGCCAUUUUCCUUACCUCGACGCUCAAUAUGUUAAUCCCCUCCGCGGCACGGACGCAUUAUGGACUGGUCAUCUUUGUGAGGAUAUUGCAAGGGCUGGUGGAGGGAGUGACCUACCCAGCCUGCCAUGGGAUCUGGAGUAAGUGGGCUCCUCCUCUGGAGAGAAGUCGCCUGGCAACCACCUCAUUCUGUGGUUCCUAUGCUGGUGCUGUCAUUGCCAUGCCUCUAGCAGGGAUCCUGGUGCAGUACUCGGGCUGGUCCUCUGUGUUCUAUCUCUAUGGGUGCUUUGGGAUCUUCUGGUAUAUGUUCUGGAUCCUUGUGUCGUAUGAAAGUCCUGCUGUGCACCCUACCAUCACCCAGGAGGAACGAGUCUACAUAGAGGAGAGCAUCGGGGAGAGUGCCAAGCUCAUGGGCCCUGCUGAGAAAUUUAAGACCCCCUGGAAAAAGUUCUUCACCUCCAUGCCUGUCUAUGCAAUCAUCGUGGCCAACUUCUGCAGAAGCUGGACCUUCUACCUACUGCUUAUUAGUCAGCCGGCCUACUUUGAGGAGGUGUUUGGGUUUGAGAUAAGCAAGGUUGGCAUGGUGUCUGCCCUGCCCCACUUGGUGAUGACAAUCAUUGUGCCCAUUGGAGGGCAGUUGGCUGACUACCUACGCAGCAGGAACAUCCUGUCUACCACUACAGUUAGGAAGAUCAUGAACUGUGGAGGGUUUGGCAUGGAGGCUACGCUGCUGCUGGUAGUGGGAUUUUCCCACACAAAAGGGGUGGCUAUUUCCUUCCUGGUCCUUGCUGUGGGCUUCAGUGGAUUUGCCAUAUCAGGAUUCAACGUCAAUCACUUAGACAUUGCUCCACGCUAUGCCAGUAUCCUUAUGGGCAUAUCCAACGGUGUGGGCACCCUGUCUGGCAUGGUAUGCCCAUUGAUCGUAGGUGCCAUGACAAAAAACAAGACUCGAGAAGAGUGGCAGUGGGUGUUCCUCAUCGCUGCUCUGGUUCACUACGGGGGAGUCAUCUUCUAUGGCAUCUUUGCCUCUGGAGAGAAGCAGCCGUGGGCCGACCCAGAGCUGACCAGCGAUGAGAAGUGUGGCUUCAUCGAUGAGGAUGAGCUGGCAGAGGAGACGGGCGACAUCACCCAGAGUUACAGUGCCCUGGGCGGCGGUCCGACCAAAACGUAUGGUGCCACUACGCAGAACGGGGGCUGGGCUGACAGCUGGGAUAAGAAGGAGGAGUUUGUCCAGGAAGAGGCAGAGGGAGGGCCGUAUGGCUACAGGCAGGACCAGGACUACUCCUAGAGACAGCAGACACAAUGACCAUCAAACGGUAGACUUAUUUUGUAGUGUUUACCAGUUUAGACGAAACAAGUCAAAAACCAAACAAAAAAGAUAACAACCCAUUGUUGUAUGUUUGCACAAAUUCAAAUCAUUAUUUCAAAAUAUAAAAUUAGUUCAAAACAGGAUUUUAUUGUGCAAAUAAAAAUAUUACUAUAGAGAUGUAACACAUAUCAAAUUGGCAGAUCUAUUUGUAAACGUAAUAUGCAUAUAAAUUAUAGAUAUAUUUAUUUGGAGUGCAAUUGUGUGUAAGUGUGAACCAUUUCCACCUCAUCAAUCUGUGCUUCUUCAUUCUGGAGAUGCCUGUUAUGUACGAUCAGACAAGAUUUAACUGGCUUCCUGGAUCAUCAUGCCUAACUGGUUCUUAUUACAACUCCUCAUGAGCCAGCCAUUGCAGUGUAAAAGAAACAUGUCACUGGUAAAAGGGGACUUAACCAGGAAUGAGACUGUAUGUCUUAGGUUGUACAGUAUCUCUUCUGAAUGCACUGAAAGUAGUGUGUCCUUUUAAUGCACAAUAUCAUUUUCUUUUCUUAUUAUUAUUGGUUUGUUAAACUGUGUCUUUAACACAAAAAGGCAUAAAAAUACAAUAAUGUUUUGAAGAACGACAUAACACUUUCGCCAGCUGAUGUAAAAGUCUUAAGAUGCAUGAAAGAAGAAUAAUGACGAAGCGUUGCUCACGUGUUUACUGUGCCAUUUUGAGAGCUUGGGACUAUACGGUUCUAUCUGCAUUUUCAGAGCUUGGGACUAUACGGUUCUAUCUGCAUUUUCAGAGCUUGGGACUAUACGGUUCUAUCUGCAUUUCUUUCAAAAUGAAGUUAGUGACAUAGCCUUGUUCUGUUCAAUGUUCUCUUCCUAUGUACCCCAAUUCAAGUUGUUAAGUUCAAAAGAAUACAAGAUAUAAAAUAGCUGACACCAUUCAAACCAAUGAGGGUUUGGAACUUUGAAGCCAAUUAUCUCAGAAUCAUCUUCUUACAGAUUGAACCUUGUAGUCCCAAGCUCUCUAUUUCAUGCCUAUAACAAUGUUACAUCUGUUGUUAAAAGUGUACGUUUGGAGGUUACAAACAUUCAUAACUCAGUUAUGUAAUUAUUAUGAUCAUUAUGUCAGUUAAAUUGUGUGGUCAAUUCAAGUCAUUUCAAGGCAUUUCAAUGAGCUUUGUUGUUGUUUAAAGGUAAAUGUUUGUCUGAGGUGACUAAAGAAAAAUAACUAUGAUGUAUAAGAGCACAUGGACAAUAUAACCAAAUGCUGGCCGGCACUAUCAAGGGCCUGUGCAAUGCAGCGAAAGACCAGCCAGCCGAUCCAGAAGUAGCCAAUCAGUAUAUCUACUGUACAGACAGUCCGUCAGCAGGAGAUAUGUUUUGCUAAUGAAAAGGAAACAUUUUUAGACUGGGAUAGUGACCCAGAUAGACAAUGUUGUUAAAGAAAACUAUACCUUACCAGUCCAGGAGGACAAUUAGCCAAGUUGGGGAUUGAGAUUCAUAUUACAUAUACUUGUAAAAACAUUAGAGCAUUACUGAAUAAAAAAACAUGACAGUAUAGCUGUUACUGCCUAUGUAAUGUAUGUCACAUUGAACGUUUACCAUUCCUUAAAGAGUAGGUAGACAAUCAAAAGAGCAGCAAGACAUGAUUUAGCCAGUGUGUAUAGAGUGGGAAUGACCAGUGUAGAGAUACUGGGUUCCAGUCAAUGAUUUAUAUAUACACUAGAUGACUGACAAGGGCCUUGUUUAGAAGCCGCCGCGCCUCCAUCUUGGCACUCCCCAACAAUGUAAAUAAAUAUUUUGGAAGCUAUAAAAAUGCAUUUAUUAAUGCCUACAUUUGUUUUUGCCAUGUUUAUUCUAUUACAGAAACUUUAAUGCAUACUGUUAAAUGAUAUUAUGUGAGCUAAACAUUCCAAAAAAUACAUGUAAAAUGUUUUCCUUAAAAGUAUAAGUUACUGUCCCCAGUACAAAAAAACUACUUAAAUACAUGUAAUUUUGGCCUAUAAAACAUUUAAUUGUAAUACUAUAGAAUUCCAUUAAUUCCAAUGGAGGACUGCUCCUACUGGGAAGUGCCAAUAUGGCUGACCGGUGGCUUCAAAGCCUCUCAUUGACCAGUAGAUAACAUCAGCAAUCCAGGGUUUAUAUACAUCAUUGGUUUCAGUAGCGUGUCAGGGACCUAAACCUGCUUUUCACUGUCUGUCUGUGGAGACCAAAAGUCAGCACUUCACAAUGUAUUUAUGGAAAUGUAUUUAUGCAUGGAACAAAGCCGUAGUCUGAAUGUUCUUACUUUUUAUUUCUUUCACAAAAUGUAUUUUGUCUCUCAAACUGUUACUAAUGUGUCAAUUUCUUUGCACAAUUUACCAAAGGUAACGUGUCAAGCUGGGUUUGAACAGGAGGGCUAUAUACUAAAGGAAUUGCUGGACAUUGCAGUGAAGGCCUCUGUAGGCCUCUCCAGGUGGCGCUAACCAUACUCAGUGUACAAAGCAAUAAAUCCAUGGUAACAGUUGUUGUCAACCAUUGAAAAAUGUAAAACACUAGCAUAUGUAACUAGAGCGUUACUUUUACGUUUCAAGCUGUGUUUUUUGUGAUAUCAAAUAUAGAAAAGAACAAACACAAGUACUUGUAAAAAUAUAAAACCUAUGUAGUUAGAGUCCUCCACACAGCUCUUUGACAUGCUGAUAAUGCAGGGAGUUUGUGAGGGGACUGCUCACCAGAAGAGAAUGAUACCCUGGGCCAUUCCUGUGACAUGGAUGAUGUCUAUCUCCAUAUCUCUAUGGUUCCACUCCUGUUGGUGUCUGCGCAUCCGUUGUUGUUCUGUACAGUUUUCAGUGGUCGUUUUGGAGGGUGUGCUAUUGUUCAGUUUUUUCUCUCUCUCUAAACCCUGUUGGUUUGAUUGAUGUGUGUUCUGUCAGUGGCUGGACCCCUAUUGCCCCCUUAACCAUCUGUCUCUAACUACCUAAACCCCUUUCAUUGUUGCAAUAUUCAAUGAUGUGAAGGUUGUCUGUAAAGGUGAUCUAACAUUUACAGAAAUGGUAGAUGUAUAACAUGAAGUAACGGUACCUUCUUCCUGUUUUGUGCCUCUGAGUGAAGUUACAGUGUGAUUCUAUGGCUUAUUUUGCUGUGUCAAUGGAGAAAUUUGUUGAUGUCAAAAUGAAAUGCUCUAUAUAUCCAUUUUAUAAAAAAACAAAUGAACAA